CAACAGGCGUCCCAAAUCAGUCAGAUUAUGGUUGUCACAGCACAAUCAAUACUGGAGAUUCAAUGGCGAAGGAUUGGUGAGAUGGUGCAAUGCGGGGUCAGUCAGCACCUUCCUCCCUCGGCCUGUGUUGCCUGCUCGCUAGAAUCACGUAGGCAGAACUCAUAAUAUGUUCACGCCCUUUAACAAGACAGGAUCACUCGUCCUGGACAUCUACUAAACCCCUGAAUCGCCUGCCUGCCUAAGCGCGAUACUCACCGUCAUGACUUUCUAUCAAGCUCAAGACUUCCACGAAGGGGAGAAGUCGGUGCAGGCAAGGCUGGGCGUGCCAGAGAUGGACAACCCCACUAUCCCGAUGUUAUCACCUCAAGCAUCCAAUAUGCUUCAAAGAGCUCCGCUACUCGCAUUUGGCACCUUAGAUGCUGGAAACCGGCCUUGGACAACCGUUUGGGGAGGUCGCACAGGUUUCUCCCGACCGUUGGGGAAUAACAUGAUUGGCAUCAAUACGUCUGUAGCAGUGAAGCUAGAUCCUGUGGUAGAGAUAUUGGUAGGCCGAGACGCCAAGGGUGAGAUCGUCAAAGAAGAGGGUGAAGGCAGACUGCUCAGUGGGCUAGCUAUUGACCUGGAAACGAGGAAGAGGGUGAAGCUCGCUGGAAGGAUGGUCGCUGGCACUCUCGGUGGUACUAACGACGAGAAAGGCUCGGAAAACAGCUCACAGCAGGGCGUGCUGCAACUCGUCGCGCAUGUUGAUGAAAGUCUGGGCAACUGCCCGAAGUAUCUCAACAGACGUGAAAUAUCACCAGCGGACACCAAUCCUGAGCUCGUCUCGAGCUCUACAUCUCUGAACCAAAGAGCCGUCGAUCUCAUCCACAAAGUAGACCUCAUGUUUCUUAGCACGAGUAGUGGAACCAGUAUGGACACCAACCAUAGAGGCGGCGCUCCAGGCUUUAUACGUUGCAUACCUGGAGAAGACUCUUGCACGCAAUUUGUGUACCCCGAAUACUCUGGUAACCGAUUAUACCAAAGCCUAGGAAACAUGGUCCUCGAGCCAAAGGCUGGCUUCUGCUUUCCAGAUUUCGAGACUGGCGACAGCCUUUUCGUCACAGGAACAACAGAAAUCCUGUUCGGAAAAGAAGCGGCAGAGAUUAUGCCUCGCUCGAAUCUGGCCGUCCGGGUGACAGUCCACGAAGCUCGUCUGGUAGCAGCGGUGCUUCCAUUUCGUGGCAACACUGGCGAGUUUUCUCCUUACAAUCCAGUUGUAAGGUAUCUGGCAAGUGAAAAAGCAAGCACAAGGGCAGAAGAACAGAGCCAUAACAUGGUCACUGCGAAACUGCUUUCUCAGACACCGCUCACACCGACCAUCUCGCGCUUCCGGUUCGGCUUGUCCAAUGCAGCCACCUAUACAGCAGGCCAGUAUGUCACUAUCGAUGCAUCGGAACACCUGGAUCUUGGUUACAGUCAUAUGAGAGACGAUGACCCUCGAUCGAUCAACGACGAUUUUGUUCGUACCUUUACCGUGUCGUCACCUCCUGGUCUGCCGCCUCGUCCCACGAAGAGGCUCGCCGACGACGAGUUCGAGAUAACAAUACGCAAAGUCGGUAUCGUGACCGACUUUCUCUUCGAGCAUGGGCUGAAAUCCUCCGAUCUAGAGUUGAAGAUCAAAGGGUUCGGGGGUUCAUUUGCAGUUGAGCAGACUGGUGUGCAGAAGGAUGUCGCGUUCGUCGCGGCGGGCGUAGGCAUCACUCCAUUGAUGCCUUGUCUGCAACAACUCAAAUCGGAGUCUCUUCGACUUCUCUGGACAGUACGGGCAGCUGAUAUCGGACUUGCUGUCGACAUGAUCGAAAGCACGCCGGGCCUGGCUCCUAGUGUUACUAUGUUUGUGACUGGCAUUACCACAGACUCUGAAGAGCCUCAUUCAGCGUUGGGUAAGCUAAAUGACAUAGGAGUGCGGAUCGAGCGCCGUCGUAUUGAUAAAAGUGAUCUGGAGGGGCUGAUACCUGCAGUCGGAAGAUGGUAUGUUUGCACAGGCGCAAGUCAGAGAAGGAUCAUAUUGGAGUGGCUGAGUGGCCAAGAAGUGCUCUACGAAGACUACAACUUCUGAAGUCUUCGAAUUGCCUUGCAGGUAGAAGCGAUUUGUGCUGUUGCGGUGACAAUUACUACAAAGUCAUGCUGCUUUACACAGCUUCAAUCGAGUGAAAAUGUCGUCCUAAAAGAUCGAGGUUUCAAAGUCGAACGUGCUGCAUAUAACCUACACAUCAGAUGAUGAUGCGAUUAGCAAAAGUGUCUAUA